AUGAGCGGGCCAGGAAAAGACCAUAGGGCUCGGCGCGUGAAGCGGCUCCAGCCGAACUACUUUCUGUCGUUGCGUUUACAAGGAAUGGAGCUGGAGAAGAACUUCUGCUCCUUCUAUAAGCGGACGGCCGAACAGUUCGCGGGGCUUCAAAGUUUUCUGAUCAACCCUGCUACGAUGCACUUGACCAUGUUUGUGAUGCAUCUGCCAAAAGAUCACAUUGAAAGCGCCGUCGACCUUCUGAAAGACGCCAGAUCUUUGCUCGAUGACUCUCUACAAGGCAGAGCACCAACUAUUCAUCUAGCAGGCGCAUCGACAUUUGGAAACAGAGUCGUCUAUGCAACCCCCUCACCCUCGCACGAUCUCGAAACUCUUGCCGACCUUCAACGAGCUCUCCAAGAUCGGUUCCGGGAUGCCGGGAUCAUCCUGGUCGGUAACAAACCCCAGUGGACGCCACACUGCACCCUCAUGAAGAUGCGGGGUGGGUCAGGUAAUGCGGGCGCCUCCAUACCCCCGGAAUCUUGGUCUGCGUAUAAGGACUUCACGUGGGGAAAUGCCUCGAUAGCGGGAAUCGAUCUAUGCUCGAUGCUGCACCAGAAAGAGGCGGAUGGGUAUUACAAGCGUGUUGCGCAUAUUCCGUUUGUUCCCGACUAG